UCGGCCCAAAUCAAAACAAACCUUUUUUUUUUCCUGGUGCGCCGCCCUUCCCUUCCCUUCCCCCGUCUACCACAGGACACGCCCGACUCCUCCGACGCCGCCUUCUGCCGAGGCGACCCACCUCGAAUAGUCUCUCCUCCUCCGACUCGGAACUUCCCCUCUGCUGAGAGUGGGGAUCCAUCCGGACUUGGAUCGGUUCUUCUUUUCCUGGUUUAUUGUUCCUCAUAUCCUUCUGCGGUUAGCUGCAUCACAAGGAAAAUGGCAAGCAAAGCAGGUGGUGACGGCAAAGAAGCCAUAAACGAGCAAGUAAUUGCCAAUACUUACGCUAACAUGCGUACCGAAAUGAACCAACUCUACACCAAGAUCACAGAGCUGGAGAUGGAAGUCAGCGAGCACUCACUUGUGAUUGGUGCAAUUGAGCCCCUGGACCCCUCAAGGCGCUGCUACAGAAUGAUUGGUGGCGUCCUGGUUGAAAGGACCAUCAGGGAAGUCCUGCCCGCCGUGAAGCGUAACAAGGAGGGCCUUGAAGAGGUCAUCGCUCGGAUGCACGAGGCACUGGAGAGGAAAAAGAAGGAGAUCACCGAGUUUGAGCUCAAGUACAAGAUCAGGAUUAAGAAGGCUGGCAAUGAUGCUGAGGAAGAAGGCAGCAAGAAGGAAGGGACUGCACAGGGAGUUCUUGUUGGUCCUGCUGGACAGUAAAACUGAGUUAGAGAGACCUUCAAGCUACUUUAUGGUGCCCGGAUUGCUCUUUACUAGGUGUCGAAUGAUAUCUGUGUGUGUGUUUGGGUGAUAUGUGUCUGUAGAACCGGCGAUUUUGUGUAAAACUAGAUAUUAUACUCCUCCAUCCAUUCAAGAAUGUAUCGUUUUUGACGAACCGGCAAUUUUGUGUAAAACUAGAUAUUAUACUCCUCCAUCCAUUCAAGAAUGUAUGGUGUAUUUUGUUUUGAAA